AAUACAAAUAUCAGAAGAACUCUCAAGAAGUCAGAACAAAGAGAAAGCGAAGAAGAGAAACUAGAACCAGAGCUUCUCACAUGGGAAAGGAUAAGACUUUGCCGUUGCUCGACCCUCGUGACCCACCGGAACUCACCGGAACCAAAUCGGCGUCGAAAGUAUGGGCCAAAGAGUUCGGCGAAGAGUCGAAGCGGCUUUGGGAGUUAGCGGGACCGGCGAUUUUCACUGCCAUCAGUCAAUACUCUCUUGGAGCACUAACUCAGACUUUCUCCGGUCGUCUCGGCGAACUUGAGCUCGCCGCCGUCUCUGUUGAGAACUCUGUUAUCUCCGGUCUUGCCUUCGGUGUUAUGUUAGGGAUGGGGAGUGCAUUGGAGACGUUGUGCGGACAAGCAUAUGGCGCGGGACAGAUUAGGAUGAUGGGAAUAUAUAUGCAGCGUUCAUGGGUCAUUCUCUUUACCACUGCUUUAUGUUUGCUUCCCGUUUACAUUUGGGCUCCUCCUAUUCUUUCCUUCUUUGGCGAGGCUCCUCACAUCUCUAAAGCCGCGGGGAAAUUCGCAUUGUGGAUGAUUCCACAACUAUUUGCCUAUGCAGCCAACUUCCCGAUACAGAAAUUCUUGCAGUCGCAGAGGAAAGUGCUUGUGAUGGCUUGGAUCUCUGGAGUGGUUUUAGUUAUACACGCAGUGUUUAGCUGGCUCUUCAUUCUUUACUUUAAGUGGGGACUUGUAGGUGCAGCCAUCACUCUCAAUACCUCGUGGUGGUUGAUUGUUAUCGGUCAGCUUUUGUAUAUCUUAAUCACCAAAUCAGAUGGUGCGUGGACUGGAUUUUCUAUGCUGGCGUUUCGAGACCUCUACGGAUUUGUCAAACUGUCCUUAGCCUCUGCUCUUAUGCUUUGUUUGGAGUUUUGGUACUUGAUGAUUCUGGUUGUGGUUACCGGUCUCCUUCCUAAUCCGUUGAUACCAGUUGAUGCCAUUUCCAUUUGCAUGAACAUAGAAGGGUGGACCGCCAUGAUUUCAAUCGGGUUUAACGCUGCGAUAAGUGUGAGGGUAUCGAAUGAGCUGGGUGCGGGAAAUGCAGCUUUAGCGAAAUUCUCAGUGAUAGUUGUCUCCAUAACUUCAACUCUUAUUGGGAUUGUGUGCAUGAUUGUUGUCUUAGCCACAAAAGAUAGCUUCCCUUAUCUUUUCACUACUAGCGAUGCUGUGGCAGCAGAAACCACAAGAAUAGCCGUCUUGUUGGGUUUCACUGUCCUCUUGAACAGCCUCCAGCCCGUCUUGUCAGGGGUUGCGGUUGGAGCUGGGUGGCAGGCUCUGGUCGCAUACGUGAACAUUGCAUGCUAUUACAUUAUCGGACUUCCUGCUGGUCUUGUUCUUGGAUUCACACUAGACUUUGGCGUUCAGGGAAUAUGGGGAGGUAUGGUAGCUGGAAUCUGCUUGCAGACGCUUAUAUUGAUUGGAAUCAUCUACUUCACUAACUGGAACAAAGAGGCCGAACAAGCCGAGAGUCGGGUUCAGAGAUGGGGAGGAACAGCGCGGGAGUGAUCAACUCUCGUGGAACCUGGAUCAUCAGUUCUCGAAUCUUUUUUGUCAAAGUUCAAUGUUGAGAAAAUCAUUUUUCAGUUCUUUUUGUUUUAUUCGAUAUGCCUAAAGUUAACGAGUCUCUCUGUGGUUGUUAGAGGGGUUUGUUAGUUUUAGUCUUCUUUUAGAUCUAGGAUGGUUACUACUUAC